UCCGCCGCCAACUCGGGGCCCCGGCGCGGCGGGCGGCGGGCAGCAUGCUCAGCCUCCUCGUCUGGAUCCUCACUCUCUCCGACACUUUCUCCCAAGGGACCCAGACCCGCUUCAGCCAGGAGCCUGCGGACCAGACGGUGGUGGCGGGACAGCGGGCGGUGCUCCCCUGCGUGCUGCUCAACUACUCGGGCAUCGUGCAAUGGACCAAGGACGGGCUGGCACUGGGCAUGGGCCAGGGCCUCAAAGCCUGGCCGCGGUACCGGGUCGUGGGCUCUGCGGACGCCGGGCAGUACAACCUGGAGAUCACGGACGCCGAGCUGUCUGACGACGCCUCCUACGAGUGCCAGGCCACGGAGGCUGCCCUGCGCUCGCGACGGGCCAAGCUCACCGUGCUCAUCCCCCCAGAGGACACCCGGAUCGAUGGCGGCCCCGUGAUCCUGCUGCAGGCGGGCACGCCACACAACCUCACGUGCCGAGCCUUCAACGCCAAGCCGGCUGCCACCAUCAUCUGGUUCCGGGACGGGACGCAGCAGGAGGGCGCAGUGGCCAGCACGGAGCUGCUCAAAGAUGGGAAGAGGGAGACCACCAUCAGCCAGCUGCUCAUUAACCCCACAGACCUGGACAUCGGGCGUGUGUUCACCUGCCGCAGUGUGAACGAGGCCAUCCCGAGUGGCAAGGAGACGUCCAUCGAGCUGGACGUGCACCACCCUCCCACGGUGACCCUGUCCAUUGAGCCACAGACGGUACAGGAGGGUGAGCGCGUCGUCUUCACGUGCCAGGCCACAGCCAACCCCGAGAUCCUGGGCUACAGGUGGGCCAAGGGGGGCUUCGUGAUUGAAGAUGCCCACGAGAGUCGCUAUCAGACAAAUGUCGACUACUCUUUCUUCACGGAGCCCGUGUCCUGUGAGGUUCACAACAAAGUGGGGAGCACCAAUGUCAGCACCUUAGUAAAUGUCCACUUUGCCCCCCGGAUCGUAGUUGACCCUAAGCCCACGACCACAGAUAUUGGCUCUGAUGUGACCCUCACGUGUGUCUGGGUAGGGAAUCCUCCCCUCACCCUCACCUGGACCAAAAAGGAUUCAAACAUGGGGCCCAGGCCUCCUGGCACCCCACCCGAGGCUGCUCUCUCUGCCCAGGUUCUGAGUAACAGCAACCAGCUGCUGCUGAAGUCAGUGACCCAGGCCGACGCCGGCACCUAUACCUGCCGGGCCAUCGUGCCUCGGGUGGGAGUGGCCGAGAGGGAGGUGCCCCUCUACGUGAACGGGCCCCCCAUUAUCUCCAGCGAGGCGGUGCAGUACGCCGUCAGGGGUGACGGUGGCAAGGUGGAGUGUUUCAUCGGGAGCACGCCGCCCCCCGACCGCAUUGCCUGGGCGUGGAAGGAGAACUUCCUGGAGGUGGGGACCCUGGAGCGCUACACGGUGGAGAGAACCAACUCGGGCAGCGGGGUGCUGUCCACACUCACCAUCAACAACGUCAUGGAGGCCGACUUCCAGACACACUACAACUGCACAGCCUGGAACAGCUUUGGGCCGGGCACGGCCAUCAUCCAGCUGGAAGAGCGAGAGGUGCUGCCCGUGGGCAUCAUCGCCGGGGCCACCAUCGGGGCGGGCAUCCUGCUCACCUUCUUCUUCAUCGCCUUGGUGUUCUUCCUCUAUCGCCGCCGCAAAGGCAGUCGCAAGGACGUGACCCUGAGGAAGCUGGACAUCAAGGUGGAGACGGUGAACCGCGAGCCACUCACGAUGCACUCUGACCGGGAGGAUGACACUGCCAGUGUGUCCACUGCCACUCGGGUCAUGAAGGCCAUCUAUUCGUCCUUCAAGGAUGACGUGGACCUGAAGCAGGACCUGCGCUGCGACACCAUGGACACGCGGGAGGAGUACGAGAUGAAGGACCCCACCAACGGCUACUACAACGUGCGCGCCCACGAGGACCGGCCGGCGUCGCGGGCCGUGCUCUACGCCGACUACCGCGCCCCCGGGCCCGCGCGCUUCGACGGGCGCCCGGCCUCGCGCCUCUCGCACUCGAGCGGCUACGCGCAGCUCAGCUCCUACGGCCGCGCCCCCGCGUCCGACUUCGGCCCCGAGCCCGCCGGCCCCGGGCCCGCCGCCCCCGCCGGCGCCGACGCGGCCGGCCCGCUGUCCUACGAGAACUACGACAAGUUCAACCCCCACCCCUUCCCCGCGGCCGCCGGCUACCCCACCUACCGACUGGGCUACCCGCAGGCGCCGCCGUCGGGCCUGGAGCGGACCGCGUACGAGCCCUACGACCCCAUCGGCAAGUACGCCACGGCCACGCGCUUCUCCUACUCGUCCCAGCACGCGGACUACGGCCAGCGGUUCCAGCAGCGCAUGCAGACUCACGUGUAGGCCCGGAGCGCCGCGCGGGCCGCCUCUGCGGGGCGGAGGCCCAGGCUCGCCCGGCCGGUCCCUGAUAUUCAGGGGCGAGGCGCGCCGCCCUGGCAGCUGGGGAGCAGGUCUCCCGGAAACACCCCCUUCCGAGGAUGGUGCUCUGUGCAUGCCCCAGCCUCCUGGGCCUGCUCUUCCCUCUUCUUCGGGAGGACGUGUGUCUUCUGACCUGCGCUCUCCCCUGGCCCCGCACGGGGGUGGGGGCCGGGAAGCGAAGGUGGUGGAGGGCCGGCCGAGGGGGCACUUUUGAGCAUUCCCAUUCUGCCCCACCCCUCCCGGCUCCCCCAAGUGGACAGGGCCGUGUGAGCAGGAGCAGGCGAAGGCCGAGGGCACAUGCGGGUGGGGGUGGGAGCGGGACCGCCUGGCCAGCCCCUCUGUUCUCGGCGCUCGGACCCCGGCAGGGUCCCUUCUCCCGGGGGACCGCAGAAGGGACGGUGGGUUUCUUGUAGCUGUCCGCACGACAGCCCUGGCACUGAGUUCGGAUCCAGCCGUCGGUCCGGCUGAGAUGAACGUCAGUGCCGGCCAGCAGGGCUGCGCACCGUGGACGCCUGUCUGUCAGCCUUCGCAGGAUCCCCGCGUCUCCAGUACCAACCCCCUCCCUGCUCCUCCGUGCAGGGCCAGCCGGACAGGUCAGGGUCAAGGUGGAGAAAGGACCGGUGGGGAACCGUGUCCACCAGCAGGAAGGCUGUGUGCUACAGAGCAGUUUCCAGAGCCCCCUCUAGAGGAGCCCCUUCCCUCCCCAGUGGGCCCUGCGUCCUGGCUUUAACUCUGGGGAGCCCUGGGGAGACGGGGCGUGGGGGGGGGAGUGAUAGGUUAUUCUUCAAAGA